AUGCCACUGUUGAUGGUGAUGUAUUUCAUCCAAUCUUUGGACAAGACAACGCUGGGGACCUCUUCAAUACUUGGGUUGCUGGAGGAUAACGGACUGAGCAAGUCACAAUACAAUUGGCUCGGGACGAUUUCCUACCUAGCGUGCUUGGUCUUCGAAUGGCCGCAGAAUUUGGGCUUGCAGCGAUACCCACCUGGGAAGUGGAUGGCAUGCAACAUCUUGAUCUGGGCGGUGGUCCUGUGCGCGACAAGCGCGUGUCACAACUUCGAUGGUUUGUUCGUCUGUCGGUUACUGCUUGGAGCAUGCGAAGGUUCCAUUACGGCUGGCUUUCUGAUCAUGACAAGCAUGUUCUACACACACGACGAAGCCAUGCCUAGAAUCUCCUACUGGAGUCUGAUGAACGGCGCCGCAAGCAUCUUCGCCGGCUUCGUCAGCUUCGGUGUGUACCACGUUGAUAACGAGAUCAUUGCGCCCUGGAGAGUCUUCUACAUCCUCACCGGUGGCAUGACGCUCAUCGUCGGAGUCUGCUUCUGGUUCCUCAUCCCCGACAACCCAAUGCAAGCCCACUUCCUCACACCCGAAGAGCGCCUCAACGCCAUAGCUAGGCUACGCAACAAGAGCACCGGCGUUGAGAACAAACCCUGGAAACGCGAGCAAUUCCUCGAAGCCCUCACAGAUUGGAAAGUCUGGUCCUUCGCCCUCUACGCCGCAAUCAGCAACAUCUCAAACUCCAUGGGAAACUAUACCGCCCCCAUCAUUAAAUCCCCCGGCUUCAACGUCGGCCAAACUACCCUCCUCGGCACCGUCAACGGCGCAAUGGAAAUGACCGCAAUCCUCUUCGGCGUCUGGCUGUUCACCAAGCUCCCCAACUCCCGCGCCUUACUAGGCGCCUGGUUCGCUCUCCCGAACAUCAUCUCCGGCGUCCUCCUCGUCGCGCCCCCCUUGUCAGCCCAAGGCGUGCUCCUCUUUGCCAUGUACAUAUCCUUCUGGGGCGGGCCCGCUUUCAUCUUCGCGAUGGCUUGGCUGGCUGCGACGACUUCCGGACACACUAAGAAGACUACCGCUAAUGCUAUGCUAUUCAUCGGGUACUGCUUAGGUAAUCUGUUAAGUCCGCAGAUGUGGGAGGGGAAGUAUGCACCGAGGUAUUAUGUGCCUUGGGGAAUCAUUUUGGGGACGUACGUGGCGAGGCCGGUUAUGUUGGUAAUUAUGAGGUGGUAUAUGGUGAAGGAGAAUCGGAGGAGGGAGAGGUACUUGGAUGAGCAUGGGGAGGAGGUUGAUGUGACGAUUUUUGGAUGUCACGGAUAA